AUGUUUGGCUCGAGUUUAAUGCUCCUCGGAGCGUACCUGACAGCAAUCCAUGUCCUCUCCGGUGUGAGUGCUUUGGAGUGUGAUGAUGGUAUAGUCUCAAUUUCGAAUUCUUCAGAUAUCGAUUUCUACAAGACCUGUCCAAUAAUUGACAGCACCCUGUUUUACAUCGCCCACGAGUUCACGGGCCCCUUCGAUUUGCCCGGUGUUGAGUCCUUGCCUAAAAUAAGCUCUGGCUAUCUCGGACCAAAGCUCGAGGGUUCUGAUUGGGUCGAGGAUGGCGUGACCACUGUCUACAUGCCCGAUCUCGUGAAUUUGACGUACGCCGGAAUGCUGUUUGGCUAUAUUGAAAACCUGACUAGCGUCUCGUUCCCAAAGCUCAAUUUCAUCGAGGGAGAUAUCGCCAUUGUGGGUGAUUAUAAACUUCGCAACGUAUCAUUGCCAGCAUUGUCUACUGUUGUUGGAGCGGUGCUCCUUGACGGCCAUUUUGACCAGCACGUAUUUCCCGCCUUGAGGCGUGGCUGA